UGGAGGGAGUGUUUGUGGAGGAAGGGCUGCUGGCAGCGGCAAAGCGUUCGGCAGCCCCGGCCAUGCGCUCCAGUCUGGAGCACAUGGUUGACAGGAAGGGGAUCAGGCGUCGGACCAUCCUGUUGUGGCUGCUGACCAUGCGUCUGACACUCAUCAGCAGGACCCCGAACCGGAGCAGACGGCGGUGGCUGUGCCCUCGCCGUCCACUUUGACCCUGUGGGGUUCUGUCCUCUCUGGGGGGAACAGUCUCUCUGGCCUGGGGGCUGGGAGCUCCAGCAGGUGUGGGGGUCAUCACUGCUGGCCUGCUUUGAGCUGCUACAAUCCUGGGUAGUGAGAUGGGAGACACUUGCCGACCAAAAAUAUAGCCUACAUAAGAGUUUUGUCUUAAUGGACUUGUCCAGAAAACGUCAAAUGUAAUACAUUCAUCAACUUAACGUUGCUAGAUCCCUUAAUACCCCCAGGAUAAAAUGAGUGGGUUGAAAUUGACAAGAUUAUGGACAUGCACGUGGUAAACAUCAAUGGCUAGGUUGCCAAAUGGACAAUCAAGACUUACACUUUGAUACACGCUGAAUUUGGGAGUAGAGAGGAAAGGUGAUGGGGACUGCAACGUCUCCGUUCACCAGCUUCGUACGUCUUAACCGAAGAGGUUGAGAACUGAAAAUACAACUCAUUAAGGUAGCGGCGGGCCAUGCAACAAACUUUUUAAAAUGUGUUGUGUUUCUCGACUAUGACCACACAUUUUGAUUAACCAAAUGCAAUCCCACAGCGAUCCAACAUUUUUUAUGCGAAUCUGGAUGAGGCAGGUAGAUGUAGAAUGUAUGUUUGACGGUUAUGAUCAGAAAUGUUUAAAUGUUGACCUGUUUGGUAGACAAAGGGUUAAGGAAGAAGACACGAACUACGCGUGCGCAUACUUUCAAUUGACCAUCCUACCCCCAAGCCGGCCGGCCAAGUAGUGAAUGUGGAUAGUGCAAGUCUGAAGAAUGGGGACACGUCAAGAGACGUUUAGUGAUUUUAACAUAAAGUUUAAUGCAUUAAAUGAAAAUGCUAGUUUCUCGAGUGGGGAUUGUAUGACCGGUGAGAUAUCCUUCGUACUUUCGACGAUAACAAAGCUUAGGUCUAUAGAAAUAUCCCUAAAUGGGAAAGCCCAUGUUUUUUGGAGAACAUGUACGGGUAGCCUUCGGAGGCGUAGGAUAAAAAACCAUUCGGCAAAUAAGGAUGUAUUCAAUUUCAGAGCGGUGGUGUUGGAGGAAAACACUGCAAUUGGCCCCACAAUACUUCAACCAGGAGCCCAUGUCUACCCCUUCACAUGCCAUCUACCAGAAGGCAACUUCCCAUCCACAUUUCAUGGGAUCCAUGGACGUGUGGUCUACUCCCUGAAGGUUGAGAUACGACGACCAUGGCAUCUUGUCAAGGAGUUUCAGGUGGAAUUUAACUAUGCAAAUCACAUUGAUGCCAACCAGCCAAAGCUUCUGGCACCUCUGUCAGGCUCAGUAGGCAAGAUGGUGUGCUGUCUAUGGUGUGCCUCGGGCCCAGUCGAAAUGACUGUGCGCAUUGACAGGGAUGGCUUUGUCCCAGGGGAAACCAUUACCAUCAUGUGUGAGUUCAGCAACGCUUCAACAAGGGAUGCCACACCAACUGCAUCACUUACCCAGCACCAGAAGUAUUCCACUUUGACUCGAUCCAAAAAGAAAAUCGAUCUCAAAACUCUGGAUUCAGUAACAGGAAAGCCAGUGAAGAGUGGGACCCUGCAGGCCUACAGUGAAAUGUCUCUGACCAUCCCUGACACGUCUCUCUCCAUCUCCAACUGUUCCAUCAUCGAGGUGGUCUACACUGUGCUGGUGACUCUGUCUAUCGACUGGUCCACUGACAUCUCGGUAACCCUCCCCAUUGUGAUGUGUGAUCUUCCUGUUCACACAUCACCAGACACUAAUGUUUAUCAAAACUAGAGAACAUCGACUCGUUUUGAUGUUUUUAAUUAUAAGAUGUAUCGUGUGCGUGAGAGAGUAGGAAAUGUGCCAGAAAGCUGGUGCAGAUUCCCUAUCUUUUUGUCCCUACCAGUAUUAGUUUAGCAGUGUAGUCAUUACUAAUAUUGGUGCAUAGUUAAGAAUAAUCAAAAAGUUCCAAAUGGCUUAUAUAUUAUGAGAUGAUAUGCUGUCACAUAUAUCCAUUAUUUAUGUCAGAUGGUCUUAUUUUAGAGUAGAAUUAAAUAUUGUCUUGAAGACAUUUAGUCAAACGUCAGUAAUUUUAUUUAAAUAUUGUCAACACUCCUGGUUUACUCCUGGCUACACUUGAAUGUCAGUGGUAUUGUGUUCAGUGGAAAAAACACAUCCCAAUACACUUUUAACAGCUGAUGUAAGAUAUACUGCUUGCGGUAAUGUUACCAUGUGUGUGUGUCAGAUGUUUUGUAUUUAUGUAUUUAUUCAAAGCUACCUCAAAAACGGAAGUGUUCCACAAUACCAAUUUUUAAGUUGAUAAAACAUCCUACAGGGAAAUACAGUGUACAAUGGGGUGUCCAUGUAGUUUGAAAUGUCAGAGAUGUUUACUCACUUUAUCAAUAAAUCAAAUGGUCUUAAGCCACAAUAACU